CCUAACCUCUGCACAAGACCGGAGCUUGUGCACUCCUCUGGGAGCUCACUGCCCCUGUGCUGACUGCUGACAACUGACUGACCCUCGCAGCUAGCAGGUACUUCUGGGUUUUUAGCCCAGGGCUCUGGACCGGUGACCCCUUUUUCCCCUCCCCGUCUUUGACCUUGGGCACCCUCCAACCCUCUGUUGCCAUGAAGAUUGCAGUAAUCGGCCAGAGCCUGUUUGGCCAGGAGGUUUACUGCCAGCUGAGGAAGGAGGGCCAUGAGGUGGUGGGUGUGUUCACUAUCCCAGACAAGGACGGGAAAGCAGAUCCCCUGGGCCUGGAGGCUGAGAAGGACGGCGUGCCCGUGUUCAAGUUCCCUCGGUGGCGGGCUCGAGGACAGGCUCUGCCCGAGGUGGUGGACAAAUACCAGGCUCUGGGUGCAGAGCUCAAUGUGCUGCCCUUCUGCAGCCAGUUCAUACCCAUGGAGGUCAUCAAUGCCCCCCGGCAUGGCUCCAUCAUCUACCAUCCAUCUCUGCUACCCAGGCACAGAGGGGCUUCAGCCAUCAACUGGACCCUCAUUCAUGGAGAUAAGAAAGGAGGCUUCACCAUCUUCUGGGCUGAUGAUGGUCUGGACACUGGUGACCUUCUGCUGCAGAAGGAGUGUGAGGUGCUUCCAGAUGACACCGUGAGCACACUGUACAAUCGGUUCCUCUUCCCGGAGGGCAUCAAAGGGAUGGUUCAGGCUGUGCGACUGAUCGCAGAGGGCACAGCUCCCCGCCGACCCCAGCCUGAGGAAGGAGCCACCUAUGAAGGCAUUCAGAAGAAGGAGACAGCCAGGAUCAACUGGGACCAGCCAGCAGAGGCCAUUCACAACUGGAUCCGUGGGAAUGACAAGGUGCCAGGUGCCUGGACAGAGGCCUGUGGGCAGAAGCUGACAUUUUUCAACUCGACACUCAACACCUCAGGACUGGUGGCCCAGGGAGAAGCUUUGCCCAUCCCAGGAGCCCAUCGUCCAGGCAUGGUCACCAAAGCGGGACUCAUCCUCUUCGGGAAUGAUGAUAGAAUGCUGCUGGUGAAGAACAUCCAGCUGGAAGAUGGCAAGAUGAUACCAGCCUCCCAAUUCUUCAAGGGGUCUGCUAGCAGUGCCCUGGAGCUGACAGAGGCAGAGAUGGCCAUGGCAGAGGCCGUGAGGAGCUCUUGGAUGCGAAUCCUACCCAAUGUCCCAGAGGUAGAAGAUUCUACAGAUUUCUUCAAGUCGGGAGCUGCAUCGGUAGAUGUUGUAAGGCUGGUGGAGGAAGUGAAGGAGCUGUGUGAGGGGCUGGAGUUAGAAAAUGAGGACGUUUACAUGGCCACCACCUUUAGGGACUUCAUCCAGCUCCUAGUGAGGAAGCUGAGAGGGGAGGACGACGAGAGCGAGUGUGUCAUUAACUACGUGGAAAAGACAGUGAAGAAGCUGACUCUCCAAAUGCCCUACCAGCUCUUCAUAGGCGGCGAGUUCGUGGAUGCUGAGGGCGCUAAGACCUACAAUACCAUCAACCCAACGGAUGGAAGUGUCAUCUGCCAGGUGUCCCUGGCUCAGGUGAGUGAUGUCGACAAGGCAGUGGCGGCAGCGAAGGAGGCCUUUGAGAACGGACUGUGGGGAAAGAUAAACGCACGUGACCGGGGCCGGCUCCUGUACAGGUUGGCAGAUCUCAUGGAACAGCACCAGGAAGAGCUAGCCACCAUUGAGGCCCUGGAUGCAGGCGCCGUCUACACCCUGGCCCUCAAGACACAUGUGGGCAUGUCCAUCCAGACCUUCCGAUACUUCGCUGGCUGGUGUGAUAAGAUCCAGGGUGCCACCAUCCCCAUCAACCAGGCUAGACCCAACCGCAACCUGACCUUGACCAAGAAGGAACCUGUUGGGGUCUGUGGCAUUGUCAUCCCCUGGAACUAUCCCUUAAUGAUGCUGUCCUGGAAGACCGCAGCCUGCCUGGCUGCCGGGAACACCGUGGUGAUCAAGCCUGCCCAGGUGACCCCACUCACAGCCCUGAAGUUUGCAGAGCUGACAUUGAAGGCUGGCAUUCCUAAGGGUGUGGUCAACAUCCUCCCAGGAUCUGGCUCGCUGGUUGGCCAGAGGCUCUCAGACCACCCUGACGUAAGGAAAAUCGGGUUCACAGGCUCCACGGAGGUGGGAAAACACAUCAUGAAAAGCUGUGCCCUGAGUAAUGUGAAGAAAGUCUCCCUGGAGCUGGGUGGGAAGUCACCCCUUAUCAUCUUUGCUGACUGUGACCUCAACAAGGCUGUGCAGAUGGGCAUGAGCUCUGUUUUCUUCAACAAAGGGGAGAACUGCAUUGCAGCAGGCCGGCUCUUUGUGGAGGACUCCAUCCAUGACCAGUUUGUGCGGAAAGUGGUGGAGGAAGUGGAGAAGAUGAAAAUCGGCAACCCCCUGGACAGAGACACCAACCAUGGCCCGCAGAACCAUGAGGCCCAUCUGAAGAAGCUGGUGGAGUAUUGCCAACGUGGUGUGAAGGAAGGGGCCACACUGGUCUGUGGCGGGAACCAAGUUCCAAGGCCAGGCUUCUUCUUUCAGCCCACGGUUUUCACAGAUGUAGAGGACCAUAUGUACAUCGCUAAGGAGGAGUCCUUCGGGCCCAUCAUGAUCGUCUCUCGAUUUGCUGAUGGGGACGUGGAUGCUGUGCUGUCUCGGGCCAACGCCACAGAAUUUGGCCUGGCCUCUGGUGUCUUCACCCGGGAUAUCAACAAGGCCCUGUAUGUCAGUGACAAACUGCAGGCAGGCACUGUGUUCGUCAACACAUACAACAAGACUGACGUGGCCGCACCUUUUGGAGGAUUCAAGCAGUCUGGAUUUGGCAAAGACCUGGGAGAGGCGGCCUUGAAUGAGUACCUACGGAUCAAGACAGUGACUUUUGAGUACUGAAGCCAAGUCUCUGUGAUACUUCUUCUGUACCUGUUGGCCUCCCCUCAGGGAGCCCUGGCUCCUGUCUGGUGGCUUAGCGCACUCUUGUCCCCAGCACUGCUCCCUGCAGCUGCUGGAGCUACCCGCCUGGACCCCUGCUGGUGACAAGACACCUCCAAACAAUCAGAAGUGGCUCCAAGGGGAGUGAGCAGUCAUGUCCCACAUGAAUAAAUAUUGUGAGCAAAGGUCACCU